AUGCAACGCGGAUUCGUCGCGUACAUAGAGUCAGGUCACGGCAAGCCAACGACGCUCCAGGCGUCUACCACGCCAAGCGUCAGGUCACAGCGAGCCAACGAAGCUCGAGAAACGACGGUCGAGGCGUCUACCACGCCAAGAGUCAGGUCACAGCGAGCCAACGAAGCUCGAGAAACGAUGCUCGAGGCGUCUACCACUCCAAGAGUCAGGUCACAGCGAGCCAACGAAGCUCGACAAACGACGCUCGAGGCGUCCACCACGCCAAGAGUCGGGUCACAGCGAGCCAACGACGCCCGAGCUCUAUUACGGCAAGAGGCCAAAGCCGCCUCGCGAGCACAGCCCAAGGCGGCGUCUCGGCACGAGAUCGGUUGCGUCACCAGCGCGGAAGUCGCCGGCCGACUUUCGCGCCGCUCACGUAACGCCGAAUUCGCGUUGCACAACAGCCACAAGCCCCACAGACCCAAUGUCCCACUGCGCUUGCGUCACCGCCUCUCGGCCGGUCGCGAGCGCCCCCUAGAAAGUGGGACGUGUGAAGUGGCAGCCGAAUCGGAC